AUGGCCCCCGCACACUUACGGAGCCCGCCACAGGCCCCGCCGGUCUUCACUGCCACCGCGCAGUCCAUUGUGGCAGACGCCGAACGUCUGAUCCGCACAGCUCGCGCUGUUCAGGACAAGGUCGUCGCCGAGAAUGAUAACCAGCUUGCAUUGGAAUCCCAUAUCAUUGGCUUCUACCAGGCCGUGUCAACAGACCAGAAGCUCCGCGAUGCUUCCUCCAAGGCCGAGGAGAUCAUGGACGAGUUCUUCAUCGAAUCUGUGAUGCGUGAUGAUGUGUUCUCGCUUGUCGAUGCUGUAUUGAAGAAGAACGAGACGCUCGACCCCGAGUCUCGCCGUCUGCUGGAGAAGGAACACAAGGACUACGUGCGGAACGGCCUCGGUCUGCCCGCAGGCCCGCAGCGCGCUCGGUUCAAGGAAAUCAAGAAGCGUCUCAGUCAGUUGAGCAUCGAAUUCCAGAAGACCUUGAACGAGGAAAAUGGCGGUAUAUGGUUCACCCCGGAGCAGCUUGAUGGUGUACCGGAGGAUGUGCUGUCUUCGCUGAAGAAGGGCGAGGGUGAGAACGCUGGCAAGCUGUGGUUGACUUUCAAGUACCCCGAUCUCAUUCCUACGAUGAAAUACGCCACCAACCCGGACACUCGUCGCCACGUCAUGGUCGCCAAUGAGAACAAAUGUAACCAGAACGUUCCGCUGUUCCGUGAGACUAUCAUUCUCCGUGAUGAAGCUGCCCGUCUUCUCGGAUACCCUAACCACGCUGCUUUCCGCAUUGAAGAUAAGAUGGCCAAGACGCCUGAGACCGUGGACAAGUUCUUGGGCGAUCUGCGUACCCGGCUAGCUGAUGGUGGCAGGCGGGAGGUUCAGAAGCUCCUUGCCCUGAAGAAGGAAACGGAGCCUAACGCGGAUGGUCGUUAUUACCUUUGGGACCACCGAUUCUACGAUCGGUUGAUGUUGGAACGCGAAUACUCACUUGAUCAGCAGGUGAUUGCUGAGUAUUUCCCACUUCAGACUACUAUCGAGGGCAUGCUGAAGAUCUUUGAAGAGCUGUUUGGUCUGGAGUUUGUGGAAAUUGUUGAUGAGGAUCGUGCUGCUGUUGCCCCCACUGGUAACGGCAAAGAUAUCGUGUGGCACGAAGAUGUCCAGGUCUUCAGUGUCUGGAAUGACGAGGGCGAGGGCUCUGGAUUUGUUGGAUACUUGUACUUGGAUCUGUUCCCUCGCGAUGGCAAGUAUGGCCAUGCUGCCAACUUCAAUCUGCAGCCUGGCUUUAUUGAUGCUGACGGCAAGCGCCGCUUCCCCGCCACUGCGUUGGUGUGCAAUUUCACAAAGCCCACUCCCAAGAAGCCCAGUCUGCUUAAGCACGACGAAGUGACUACUCUUUUCCACGAGCUGGGUCACGGUAUUCACGACCUGGUCUCACGAACCACCUACUCCCGCUUCCACGGUACUAGCACCGUCCGGGAUUUCGUUGAGGCGCCCAGCCAGAUGCUCGAGAACUGGUGCUGGACACCCUCACAACUUCGUUCUCUUAGCCGACACUACUCGACCCUGUCACCUGAGUAUCUGGCCGGAUGGCAAGAAGCUCAGCAGGCCCGUAGCGGCGGUAAGACCGCCACCGGGCCACCAUCUGAGCGCAUCCCAGACGACGUUAUUGAAAACCUCAUUCGUACCAAACACGUCAACGAUGCUCUCUUCAACCUCCGUCAACUGCAUUUCGGUAUCUUCGAUAUGACUAUUCAUGAGCCCAAGAGCCAUGCCGAUAUCGAAGCUUUGCCCAUCUCUGCUACUUAUAACCGUUUGCGCCAGGAGAUCACCGAGAUGCACGGCAUGGAGGCUCUUGGUGGAGGUGAUGAGUGGGGUCACGGUGAGGCCACCUUUGGCCACUUGAUGGGAGGCUAUGAUGCUGGAUACUACGGCUAUCUCAGCUCCCAAGUAUACUCCACCGACAUGUUCUAUACCAUCUUCAAGAAUGACCCUAUGAACAAGGCUGCUGGUCGCCGCUACCGCUACCAGGUUUUGGAGAAGGGUGGUAGCCAGGACGAGAUGCAAACCUUGACCGAGUUCCUCGGCCGUGAGCCUAGUACUGACGCCUUCUAUAAGGACUUAGGUCUCGCUUAG